AUGCUGCCCAGGGCCAUCUACAUCGACAUCUACACGGAGCGGUGCUCGGGUGGUGAAUGGCUACCCCCAACAAUCGGGCACCGAGCGAGGAAGGCCGUGUGCAGGAAGGAUCGGCCAGGGGAAGUCCCAGAUGCGUCGCCGGCGAGGGGAAGGGGCAGCGGAGAUGCUAUGCCGAACCAUGGACCGGCCGGGGGCUCGGGAGCGAGCGCCCUCUCACCGUGUGCGGCGGUCGGGGCCGGGGCCGCCACUCCCAACGGCACGGACAACAGCGGCGGCGGCGCCGGAGGCGCCGGCGGUCGGGACGUGCGCCGCUCCUUUCAGCAGCGCGACGGAAGUAGCGGCGGCGAUCUGAGGGAUCCGGACGAGGGCGGAGGGCAGCACCUGGAACUGCGGCAGCCGCGGGAGCGAGGACGCUCGCGCGAUCGCGACCCGGAUUUUUCAAGCCACGGCGGCGGCGGCGGCGGCGCUCAUUCCGGCUUUGGCGGCGGCACCUUCGGCAGCCGAUUCCACCCGAGGGCCGGCAGCGGAGCUUACCGAUCCGGCGAUGGAGCUGUCGGCGGCCGUAUGGUCGGCCGCAGGGGGGGCGGCAUGAUGGGCGGGCGGGGUGGCUGGAUCCCCGGCGGGGGUCGCGGCGGCGGCUCGCGGGGCGGGCGGGCGGGAUCGCGGUGGCCAUCGGGUCGAGGAGGAGGAGCGCCCAUGGGUAGUAGCUACGCCGACUUAGCGGUACGUCCCGGUGUCAGUAGCGCUGCCGGCGGCGGUGGUAGCGGAGGAGGAAGCGCUGCGGGUGCCGCGGUGGGGGGCGGGGCGCGUGGAGGCGGGUACGCUGACUACGCGACAAGAGCGAUCGGCGGCGGGGGCGGCAGUGAUGACCGCCACAGAAGAUAUUCUCCUUCCGGUCCCCCCCCGGCUCAGGAUGAACAAGCGCGCCGCCGCGGGAGCGGGGGCGGCGGUGACAACGGAGACGACGACAGAGAGAGGCGGCAGCGAAGCCAUAGCGGCGGCAGCGUGAACAGCGGCAGGAGGUCUUUUGCUUCGGCGUUGAGCAGCCUCGCCGGAGGUGGCGGGGGGCGGAGCUCGGCUAGCCCCGGCGCCGGCGAGAGGGGGAUAUCUCUGCUCGCUCUAGAUAGCGGGGGCCCUACCUCGCGCGGCGGGCACGACGGGAGGGGUGGCAGCGGCGGCGGCGGCGGCGGCGGCGGGAAGGGCUCGUUCGGGCGGCGCGAGGACAGCGGCCGGAGCUUUGGCGGGGACGCGGAGGGAGGCGCAAGGGUUUCGUCGGGGUGGGGGGAGCGGCGAAGCGAUCGAGACAGGAAUUCCCUGACUGAUCGGCCGCGCGACUACCGAAGGGUGGGGGGGGCUCCCGCAUCCCCUCCAAGUGGAGCCGGGCCGUUCAGUCGCCGUGAAUCGGGCACAAGCGGGGGGGGCGGCGGGGGUGGGGGGAAAGACUACGGCCGCGAGGCCUGGGACAGCGGCCGAGGAAGCACCAACGGCGGCAGCAGCGGUAGCAGGGGCGGCGGAGGACUGCUUUGGGGCGAAGAGCGUGACCGCGAUCGCGGGCGCGGCUCCGCGUCCCCGUUCUCCCGCGGCGGCGCCGGGGGCGAGGCUCCUCCGUCUCUCGGGAGCAGGAAUGGGAUGCUUGCGGCCGGCAGCGGCGGUGGUUCCGAUCCGACGGGCGCGUCGCCGUUCCACCAUCACGGAAGAGGCGCUGACUACCGGGACGGGUCUGGGAACCCGGCGUCGUCGUCGGCUGCUGCCUCGGCUCGGUUCCCGGACGGUGGUGGCCCUUCUCAAGACAGCAAGUCCCCUCCGCCGGGGACGGCGGGGGCACGCAACACCGGGAGGUCCUCUCCCGCUGUCCCGCCACCUUCGGGCUCGACGUUCCCUCACCACCACCACCAGCAGUCCCGGGGUGCCACGGCAGCAAGCUGCGAUUUUGGCGGCGGAAGCACGUAUCAAAGGCGCGGCAGCAGCGGCUUCGGAAGAGGUAGUCCCGACAGCGGAGCGGCAAGACCAACGGACGAGCUUGAAGUGGGGACGGGAGCAGGCGGCCGCUCGUGGCGCGUCGCGGAGUCUUCGACGCCACCGCCGCCGCCGCUGCGCGUUUCGAACCCGGAGGCGUCUAGGGGGGGGGGCGGGAAUGACGCCGGAGCUGGGUGGGGGAGGGACCGUUCCACGACGGCGACGGACGCUGCGGUGAAUGAGCCCGGACAGCUAGCCAUUGCAGGGGGUGGGCAGCCGAGGCCAGUGCCGAGGCGGCUGUCAGGCCUUGCGGCGAUCAUCGCUGCCCGCUCGGAGGACUCGCCCGAGAAGCCGGACGGCGCGGAUGCUUUUGACCUGGGAGGCAGCGAUGGCAACCCCGCCCCUUCCCCUUCUUCCGUGGGAGGGACGACGACGACCCCCUCUGGCAGCGCGCUCGGCGUCGGCGGUAGCUUCAGCUGGAAGUUCGCCUCCUCCUCCUCCUCCUCCUCCUCCUCCGCCACCGCGAAAGCCUCCUCGGCCCCCUUGCCUGGGAACCCGACGGACGUGGACGUCGGUGGUAGCGUGCGAGCCUCUGGAAUCGCUUCAACAAAGAACGGGCUGGAUUCGCGAAUUCCCGCUUAUGUACUGCCGCAAGCCUCGUUUGCCGGAGCGGCGGACUCGACUGCAGCGUCGGCGUUGUCAUCAGCAAACGGGAGCAAGAUGUCGACGGGUGCCGCGGUGGUGCCGGCAGCGUCGGGUGGAGCAUGGUCAAGAGUCGCAAACGCCGCCUGCCCGGAGAUGGAAAAUGCAGGAGGGAAGGCUGUUUCGACAAGCGGCGCCAAGGGUUCGCCACCGACCCCGUCCGUGGUCGGCGCUGGCGGCUCGACGCCUGCCACUGCGGUCGGUAAACCCCGCUUGGACUGGGGCAUGGGAGCCGUUUCUGCGGGCUUCGUGCCCUCUUAUUCCGCGGAGGCGACGUCCUCCCCCCAGACGACGUCCGCGGCAGCGGUGUUAGCUGGAGAAUCGCCGGGGACUCCGGCACCAGCGGCGGUGGGCGGUGGAACAGCGGACGCGGCACCCGCCCAACCGCCUACUCUGCACAAGAGGGGCUCCAGGAGGCUAGACUGGGGCAUGGGUAUCGGGUCCAAGCUGUCGGCGGACGAGAAGGCCACGGAAGCGGCAGCAGCGCUAGCGGCCGAAAAGGCGGCAGCGGAGAAGGCGGAGGCCGACGAGGCCGCCGCUGCAAAGAAGGCGGCGGAGGAGACUGUUGCUGCGGCGGCGACGGCGGCGGCACCGCCGAAGGCGCCAGAGGUUGCUUCUGCCGACCAGAGCAACGCAACGUUUCAAGUCGGCGAUGCUGCCACCGCCGGUGCUGCGCAAGACGGCGCUGUUAAAAAGUUUGCUGCUUCGAAAAAGCCUGCCACUGCUGCUGCUUCUGCUGGGGAAGAAGACUCGAGUGCCAGAGGCGCAUCCGCCGACGGCGCUGCUGCUACGUCUUUGCCACCCUCGACUUCCAGCAGCGGAUUUGAUCAGACGGCAGCGGCAAGCCCGCCAGCGCCGGUGGCGACGGGAGCACCGCCGAAGACGCCCGUCGAAGCAGUGGGCCGGCGGAAGAAGGAAGGCGGCGUGGCGGCGGCGAGUGCGGGUAGCGCUGGAAGCUUGAAGCGGAGGCCGCCGCAGCAGCCGCGAGUUGAAGACUUUGCCAGUGGUGGCAGUAACGGAACGGCAAAAUCGCCCGCCUUGUCGCCCCCCGCGGCAGGUGUCUCUCCGCGGACAAUAUCGUCGUCAACGCCGCCCUCGGCUGAUGCCACCACCGGCGGCGCUCGAAAGGCCAUGAAUGAGUGUGGCAACGCGGCGAACAGUGCUGUCGACGGCGGCGGCGGCGGUGGCGGCAGUAGCAGACGGCAGGAAAGAGGCAGCGGGGAGGUUAGGGUGGGGGGGCGCGGGGGGGGAGGGAAGGAGCAACAGCGGAUGAAGCGAGCGGGCUCUGAUUCCGGCAAGAAAGUUAAGGAAGGGUUUGCGCCAGGGCCGCAGAAGCGUUCGUCGAGCGAUGGGAUCGUGGAGGGCUUCCCGAACAAGACCGGUCAGUGUGGAUCCCCGAAAACCCCGCAUCCUCCGGCACCGUGCCCACGGAAGCACGAGAAAGACGGACCCGCCGCCGCCGCCACCGCUGCGACAACGGCCGGCGGGACCUCGAAAGAUCAGCGCCGGGGAGAACCGGAGCGGCUGAUGCACAUGUCGGAGCGGCGCAACAACAAGAGCGAAGGGAGUGGCGGCACUGGGGGCAGCGAGGACCAUCCCAUGGUCGACGGCGACCUGAAGCGAGCGGGGGAGGAACCUGCGAGGCGUGGGGGGGGUGGCAGGGUUUCAGCACCAAACGGCGGUCACCACGGCAGGGAAAGACGCCCCCGUCGUAGCGCCGAUGCCGCGGAUUCGGGAGUGAAGACGCCCAAGGUGCCGCCGGUGGCCCCCACCUCGAAGGACGGGCAAGCGAAGGCUGCAGUUGGCGGUAGCGCUCCGACGACAGCAGCGGCCGGAGCGGCCGCCGGCGGAGCAGGAGGUGCAGGCGGCGGCCGCGCGAAGGAGACCAGCAAUGCAGCAGCGCGGCAGUGCCAUCCAUCGAGAAAGGAGCUCCGGCGGCUCACGUCCGGAACGGAGGUCGAGGAGCGGCGGACGCUUGCCGCCCUGCGCGACCUAGAGGCUUGUCUGGAGGAAGGCAGGAUAGCUGCUGCUACUGCCGCAAGUACACCGGCGGUAGAGGCGGAGAAGGCUCUAGUCGUCCCAGACGCGAGCUCCUCGCAAGCAAAGAGCAGCCGGGAAGCGAACAACCCUGGCACGGAGGAGAUCAUCCCUAGCAGCAGCAGCGCCAACGACGACGGCGGAACCCUCACGCCUGCCGUCGCGGCCGCCGCAGCGACCGCGGUUGCUGCCCUCCCAGCGGAGCUGGCGACGGCGUUGGGGCUCGCGGAAGGCGACGGCAAACGGGGUGAAGGCGGCGGCAGCAACCAGCCGGCGGUCGCCGGCGGCGGCGGUGUCGGGUUGGACCACGAGGGCAGGAAUGGCUUCUCUCCUCCACACGUGGACCUCGUCCGGCAGGCGAGAGCGUCCGUGGAGUUCCGGGUGGCUCGCCGGAGACACAAGGGAGAGCUGGAGAACGCAGCUGCUGCCGCGGCCACGCUGGUCGUCGGCGGCACCCCAGGCCCUCCUGUAGGGAAAGCGGCGGGAGCAGCGCCGGUGGCGGUGACGGCACGUAGUGAGCAUGGCGGGCCAGACGAAGCAUCAGCCAAAGGUCUUCCCGGACCGUCUCAGUCACCGCCUGCCGUCGUGGCGACUGAACGCGCAGGGGCAUCACCCGGCUCCAAAGCCGCGGCCGCUGCCGCUGCCGCCAGGAAAGGGCCGAGCGGCCUCCGCACUCGGGUACCCACCGGCGCGCCGGUGUCCCACCUCUUCCGCGCCCGGGUGGACGCGGCGCCGGGGGGCGUCCCCAAGUCCGGCCGCGACGUGGCGAUCGCCAGGGUCAUGCGGGAGAACCAGGCGAGAGCUGUCGCGGCGCAAGCCGAGUUAGAUGAACGAUUGCUGGGGCUGCCGCGGAACACGUCGCCAUCGUUGUCGGGUGAAGCAGCAGCAGCAGCAGCAGCAGCGCAAGCUUCGGCCCUUGGGACGGCAGCGGCGGCGGCGGCGGGAACGACGGCCGCGGUGGCGGCGUGGAGCACGUCAGAGAUCCACGCGGCGCGCCUUCGGGAGCUGAAGCCCGUGAUGACCCGGGCCAUCCGGCGGCGGCAGCUGGAGCUUCGGCGGCGCUGGGAGAAGCUCGGCGACGAGUACGCGGGCCUCCACAACGCCUGGCACGUGGACAUGCUCCGCUGGGAGGAGAAGAUGGAGGAGGAGGAGGCUAAGGAAGCCGCCGCCGCGUCCGGCGGCGCCGGAGAGGGCGACGACGGGGACGCGGCGUGGGGGCCAAGCGGCGGUUGCGGCGGCGGCGGUGGCGGCAGCGGCGGCGGCGGAGGAGGAGGAGGCCAUGGCGCCAGCCUCAGGAGCGAGCGCAGGGGGGGGCGGCGGCUUAGCGACGUGGUCCGCUCGGACUACGAAGAGGCCGAGGUGGUGAAGAAGUUCGAGGACAAGCACAAGGAGGAGGAGCGCAUUCGCAAGGGGGCCGUGGAGGUGCCGUCCAUGCUGACCGCGGUGGAGCGGCGGCAGCUGCCGGAGUAUCGGGACUCGUGGAACUCGAGGGGCACGACUGACGCGCUCCCGGCGAGAUGCCGCGGUCUCCCCGCGGACGCGGCGUGCCCGGCAGGGUGCAACUGCCCCGCGGCGGUCGAGGCCGAGCGGAAGCUGUUGAACCUCUGGACGGACGUGGAGAAGUGCAUCUUCCUGGACAAGUUCCUGCACCACCCGAAGAACUUUAUGCGGAUAGCCUCGUUCUUGCCCAGGAAGUCGCCCGAGGACGUGGUUCAGUUCUACUACGACAGCAAGACGUCGAUCGAUUACAAGACCCUGCUGAAGGAGGCCGUCAACCGCAACAAGGGCUACGCCGGGCAGUGGAACGCCACCUUCAAGGCGAUCCGCAGCGUCGGCGCCAAGGUGUCCAUCGACGAGGACGGCCAGCCUUUCUUCCCGGUGCCUCAGCGGGACGACUCCUUCGCGACGGCCGACAUGCACCCGCCCUCGAGGACCCGCCCGCUGCUUGACAUUCAGCGCGAGGCCCUGUCCCUUGCCUGCUCCGGGGAGAUCGUUGGGGCGGCCGCGGCGGCGGCCAAGACGCAGGUCUCCGAGGCGCUGCUGCGCCGUGCCGUGGCGGCGGCAGGUAUCCCGCAACAGCACCAGGAGUCGCUGGCGACAGAGGGCUUGGACCUGCUGAGCCCCGCGGAGGUGCAGGCCGCGGCCGCCCGCCUGCCGCCGCCGGCGAUCAACGUGGCGGCUUACCGCCUGUGCAUGCGGUCGUUCCCGCCGCCCGGCGACUGCGAUGGCGACGGCGACGGAGGCAUCAUCUACGCCGCCCUGGAUGUCGCCGCGGCCGCGGGCGGGGCGGGGUCCGGCGCCGGGAGGUUCAACGAGGGCGCGAUCAUGCCGUACCGAUUCUCGGAUGCCAGGGUUACCGGCGUUCCCGAUGAGCUGGCGCCGCCACGCUCGGCUUCUGCGGCCGCGGCCGCGGCGGCGGGGGACGUCACCGGGGAUGACGUCGACGCUCCCUACGAACCCGAUCGUCUCAGUGGCGGCGGCGUCCGCGCUUUGCACGAUGGGGGCAGAGGGGGCAGAGGAGGGAGGCGGAUGGGCGGGCCAGGGUCGCAAUCAUCAUCGGCGUAUCUGGCGGCAGCGGCAGCACGGGCCGUCGGGGAGGAGGCCAACGACGAUGACGACGACGAGUUCGGGGAUGCCCUGGGCGGGGCGGGCCGGGGGUUGGGUCGGAGGGGCGGGAUGUCACCGGGAGAGGAAGGAGGGGGCGGCAGGGCGGGUAAGGGGAAGCGGGGGCUGUCCAGGAGGAAGUCGGCGACCGGCGGGCAGGAGGACGGGGGGGCCGGGGGGAGCACGCCGGGGUCGGCCGCCGGGGCGCAGCAGAGGCCGCCCUCCACGAAGGGAGCUAAGUGGACAGUGGAGGAGAGGGAGGCGUUCUUUAGCAUCCACGACGCGCGGCCCGGGAACAAGGAGUGGGAGCGGUACGCCGAGCUGAUCCACACCAAGACGCCCACGCAGGUCAAGACGUUCUACACGAACUCGAAGAACAAGAACCUGCUCGAGGCUGAGGCGAUCACGGUCCGGAAGGACAACCUAAAUCGGAGGGACAGGCAGAUGGCCGAGGUCUCGGCGAUUGCCGCAGCGGCCACCGCGGCUCACCAGCAGCAACAGCAGCAACAGCAGCAGCUGCAGCAGCAACAGCAUCAGCACCAGCAGCAACAGCAGCAACAGCAAGCGAGGGGGGCGGACGCUUUUUUCCAGCAAAUGCACAUGGCCAGGCAGCAGCAAACACAGCCGCAACAGCAGCAGCAAGACGUGCAUGGCCCAGACAUGCGGCGGAUGUCCCCCGAAGCUCUGCACAGGAUGCCGUACGGGCACAUGAGCAUGGUGCACAUACCUGGAGCGUCGCAGUGCGGUAGUGCCGGUGGAGGUGGCGGCGGCAGUGGCGGAAACAGCGGUAGCGGAGGGGGGGGCUUCGGAGCGGCGGCGGCGGCAGCGGCGGCGGCAGCGGCUGCCGCCGCCGUGCAUAGAGGACCAUGGGCCAACUUCAUGCCCCCCCACCAGCGACAGCAUCACGCCUCCCCUCAUCUUCACCCGCCGCGAACCCCGCAGCAGCAGCAGCAGCAGCAGCAGCAACAUCAGCAGUUCAGGGGUGGUCGCGACGUGGGCGGGGGAGCUGCCGCCGCUGCCGCCGCUGCCGCCGCCGCUACUGGCAUGCGUCACCCCCAGCAGCAGCACCAUGGCCGACUUUCUCAACAGCGGCACCAUCGUGAAGGAAGCGGUGGUUCGCCCAGAGGAGGAGACUACGAGGAAGGGCCUGGAGGCCAGUACAGAGCGACGGCGGCGGCGGCGGCGGCGGCGGCGGCUGGAGGGGGGGCGGGAGGGGCGGGAGGUACAUCGCCGGAGGAGUACUACGGGAGCAUGAUGGCCUAUGGUAUGGCCCACCACCACCAUGGUGCGAUGGCGGGUCAAGGCCCUCUUCACCACGGCGCGUACCCAGGUCACCACCACCCCCAGCAGCAGCACCUGUUCGCCGGCUUCGCGCCCCCGCCCUCCCUGUUCCAGCACCCCCACAUGCAGCAGGGACUACCGCACGUAGCAGCCCUUGCCGCGGCCGGCCGCCAUGUGAACAGCGUGGAGUCGGAGCGAGAAAAAUCUGCCGUCAUCGCCGCUGUAAGCCAAGGGUUUCCAGACAAGGCCUCUUCGGGUCGGGCUGGGGACGGGGGAGGACCAGAGCAGCACUUGGUAGCGCCUGAAGAGGGCGGGGGGGAGCUGUCGUGGGCACAGCAGCAGCAGCAGCAACAGCAGCAACAGCAGCGGUCCUUGUCACCGAUGCACGUUUCUCACGACAGUGGGGCUAUGGAUGGCGUCAACCCUCAGCAAGGAAGAUGGCGUGAACGUGAUGCGAGCGCGAGCGAAAGCGUACGCGGAGACAGGUCAUCGCCAGUGGGCGAGGGAGAGGGCGGGUCUCUAAGGCAAUUUUACGGAGACCACCACCCCCACAACCACCAACAGCGUGAAACCGCCGCGGCGCCAACACUUGGGGGCGCUGCUGCUACCAGCUCCUCAGCCUCAGCCUCCUUCGCCGGGAGCAACGUCGGCCCCAGCGGCUCUCCCCGCACCGGCCCCGUAGGCCAGCCGGGCUCUUCGCGGCGUUUCCCCCCUCCGGCGGCGGGGUCGAACGCCGUGAGCAGCGCGGCAGCGGACCCUGACGCGGCCGCCUCCGCCGCCGCCGCCGCCGUUGUAACGGAGAGUGUGGCCUCUCCUCUGCACCUCUUGGGACUCGCCGCCGCCGCUUCCAGCAGCAUCCAGGCUAGCGACGGGCCGGUGUUGCCACCCUCUUCUGCUGCUGCUGCUGCUGCGGCGGCGGCGGCGGCGGCGGGAGGCGGGGGGGCGAACAUGCAUCACCUCCACGAUCAGCACCAGCAGCGUGGCCGCCAUCUGGCUGGAGGGGCUGGGAGCUUGGGCACGAGCGGGAGCGGGAGCGGGAGCGGGAGCGGGAGCGGGAGCGGGAGCGCGGGGGCGCCGCAACAUCAUUCUCGGGGCCCGGCUCCGCCGCCAACGACGACGCAGCUUCCGUCGCUGUUGCCGUUUGCAGACGCGGUGCUGAGGUCGCGCGGGGGAGACAGCAGGGGGAGCACGAAGGUGGAAAGUGGAGGCGGCGGCGGAGCCGGCGGCGGCGGUGGGCGCGACGCGGGGGCAACGGGGUUUGGGGCGUUCCAUGCCCGGCAGGAGCAGUCGGCCCAGCCCCAGCGACAUCACUACGAGAGCUACGAGCAUCAGCGGUCGGGGUCCGCAGAGAUGCACCCGUCGUUGGCGGCGCAGGCAGAGGGCCGCGCCUACUACAACCACGCCGCCGGUGAAUCGGACGGGAGUAGUAUCCAUCACCAUCACCACCGCGGCGGCACGGGGAAUAGCGGUGAACGACCACCGUCGCUGCUUCACACGGCGGCUGCCCCUGGAGAGACCGGACGUCGGCCGUCCNCCGCCGCCGCCGCGGCCGCCGCCGCCGCGGCCGCCGCCGCCGCCGCCGCGAGCGGGAACGGUGGCGCUCCGACGGCUGCCGCGGGGUCAGCGCCCUCGCUGGGGAACAAGGGCGCGAGGGACGCAGCGGCGGCGGGGGCUCCGGUGGUAGGGGAGGAGGCCGCGCGGGCCAUGACGGCCCUUGGGCCGAACGCGCCGCGGUGGAUGUUGAGCAUCGACGAGAGGAAGGUGGAGCGGCCGAGGUCACCGCGGGGCUCCUCUGCUGCUCGCUUGACUCCUGCCGAAGAUCAAGCGAGGAUGGGAGGUACGGCUGCUGCCGCGGGCUCUGGUGCUGUGCAAGCGGCUUCGGAGGAGCCAAGAGGUGCUGGCCGGAGAGACUGGGGUGGUAGUGUUGGUGUUGGUAGUGUUGCUGAGAGUGGGGAGGGCGGCGGCGGCGUUGGGGGUGAUGUUGUCGGGGGGGCGUCUGUUGCGCCGCAGUCGGGGCAGCGUAUGGAGGGCGGGCGGGCGGGUGGAAUGCAGGGUGAGGAGGGAAGGGGGGGCGGUAGAGCUAGCGGUGGGACAGCGGGGGGGGUUGAGGCUGGCGGAGUGCGCGGUAUCGCGGGCCAGGAGGGGGGAGGGCGGGGGUCGGGAGCCAACUCUUCUACAACAGCGACGUCGAUCGCACCAGCGUUCAACCGCUUACCGAUGGUUGAUAGCGAGCAGGCAACGGCCGCCAUGUGCGCGACGGAGCCGCCUGGGUCCGGAGGCGUUGCUGCUUCAAAAGCCGGCGGUGAUGCGCAACCAGGGUCGGUCUACGCUAGCAAUCACUUGUCAGUAAGGAUUCCAACACAAGGCGGGGGGGGGGUUGUUAACGGUGCGUCCCCCGAGGGAGCGAGGAGAGGUGAGAAGCGCCCACGCCUUUCAGAAGGGGAGGGGUUUGAGGGGUUUGCCUCUGCCGACCCUGCUGCUUCUGGUAUGGACACUUCGGGUGCUAAUGCUGCCAUGGAUAGUGGAAGGUAGGGGUGCCGGAUGCGGGCGAGGGGAAACAGCGACGUCAAUGUGGAGGGGGGCUCGUGGGAAGUACAACCCUGUCUGGCGUGGUGUGACAGUCUACGUUGAAAUUUCCUCCUUGUGAUUUGUGGUGUUCUUUCCACAUGUGCUGCCGAACGCGUGUUGCCUUCGGCGUAUGUAGUGUAGUUUGGCCGCGGUCACAGUGCCUGUCUGCUCGCGUACAGUAGUUCGGUUGUUACCGUUGGAGUUAUCCGGUCUGUCGAUUUUGGUUCAUUGGAGAGUACUGGGUGUGGGAGAGAAUUGGACGUUUUUUUUGGGCGGUUGGAUGAUUUUCAGUUUUUUUGUUUUUUAUUGUGUUGGUGUGACGUAUGUAAUGCUGUGGGUCUUUAAUGUUGUUUCGGGAUGUUCUUUGUUUCGACUACAAUCAUGACGCUUAGCCAGCGGUGGCCAUUAGUAAUAGUGUUUUCAGUAUGCGUCAUGGGACGAGCGACAAACAGAUAAGCAUGAAGGAAAACUUUUGAACUCCCCCCAAAAACUGAUUGCUUCGGUUGUGGUGAAGUUCCGAGAGUGAUUCCGGCCCAAGCAACACAUGGCGCCGCCGGGAAGGUUGGUGGGGGNGGGGGGGGGGGGGGGGGGGGGGGGGGGGGGGGGGGGGGGGGGGGGAUCGCCCGGCCGAGGGCCAUAGGUUUCGUUGGGGAGUAUUUAGAAGUAUCACGUAGCAUGUCGACCGCACUGAAUCAAACAGAGCAGAGCAGAGAGUGGCAUCCGUUCGUUCGUCGUUCUGGGGCGGUCGGGCAAUAAAGUACCCUUUGUUGUCGUCGCACGGCCUUCUCCAGGUAAUAGCGUGCUGCUGUUGGUGCACAACACAAACAACCAUAGGUUCGUAAGAAAUUCGGGAUGUGAAGAGUCAGUUUAUUUGCUUGUAGAACGUGCCCUGAAACUGACCCCCGUUACGGUCUUGUUCUGACUCCCAAAAAAGCAUUCCCCCCGAGAAACAAGUUGACAUCCAUCCCCACGGUUGUGGUUCCACCGCGCAGCGUCCCACUCUGAUUGAUGCGUGUGGUAAAUCGCGGCUUGCGGGUGUGGCGGUGAUGAUCUGAU